ACUAUGUCCUCGGCAGUGGUGCAGUUAUAUGCAGCUGAUCGAAACUGUAUGUGGUCAAAGAAGUGCAGUGGCGUUGCUUGUCUUGUUAAGGACAAUCCUCAGAGGUCUUAUUUUUUAAGAAUAUUUGACAUUAAGGAUGGGAAAUUACUGUGGGAACAAGAGCUAUACAAUAACUUUGUAUAUAAUAGUCCUAGAGGAUAUUUUCAUACCUUUGCUGGAGAUACUUGUCAAGUUGCUCUUAAUUUUGCCAAUGAAGAAGAAGCAAAAAAGUUCCGCAAGGCAGUUACAGACUUGUUGGGCCGACGACAACGGAAAUCUGAAAAAAGACGAGAUGCUCCAAAUGGUCCCAAUCUACCCAUGGCUACAGUUGACAUAAAAAAUCCAGAAAUCACAACAAAUAGGUUUUAUGGUUCACAAGUCAACAACAUCUCCCACACCAAAGAAAAGAAGAAAGGGAAGGCUAAAAAGAAGAGAUUGACCAAGGCAGAUAUUGGAACACCAAGCAAUUUCCAGCACAUUGGACAUGUUGGCUGGGAUCCAAAUACAGGGUUUGAUCUCAAUAAUUUGGAUCCAGAAUUGAAGAAUCUUUUUGAUAUGUGUGGGAUCUCCGAGGCCCAACUUAAAGACAGAGAAACAUCAAAAGUUAUUUAUGACUUUAUUGAAAAGACAGGAGGUGUAGAAGCUGUUAAAAAUGAACUCCGAAGGCAAGCACCACCACCUCCUCCACCCUCAAGGGGAGGGCCGCCACCUCCUCCUCCCCCUCCUCAUAGCUCAGGCCCUCCUCCUCCUCCUGCCCGGGGAAGGGGGGCUCCUCCCCCACCACCUUCAAGAGCUCCCACAGCUGCACCUCCCCCUCCGCCUCCUUCCAGGCCUGGUGUUACUGUUCCUCCACCCCCUCCAAACAGGAUGUACCCUCCGCCACCACCAGCCCUGCCCUCUUCAGCACCUUCAGGCCCACCACCACCUCCACCUAUGCCAGGGACCGCAGCACCACCACCUCCUCCCCCACCUCCGCCUCCACCAGGGCCACCUCCUCCCUCUGGCCUGCCUUCUGAUGGUGACCAUCAAGUUCCCGCUCCUUCCGGAAACAAAGCAGCUCUUUUGGAUCAAAUUAGAGAGGGUGCUCAGCUUAAAAAGGUGGAGCAGAACAGUCGGCCCACGUCCUGCUCAGGAAGGGAUGCGCUUUUAGACCAGAUACGGCAGGGCAUUCAACUGAAGUCUGUGUCUGAUGGCCAAGAGUCCACACCGCCCGCACCUGCUCCCACCUCAGGGAUUGUGGGUGCACUGAUGGAAGUGAUGCAGAAAAGGAGCAAAGCCAUUCAUUCCUCAGAUGAAGAUGAAGAUGAUGAUGAUGAUGAAGAUUUUGAGGACGAUGAUGAGUGGGAAGACUGAUCUAUAUAUUAUAUAUAUAUAUUUUUAAGGUGAAAUACUAAACACUACUUUCUGUCUAUGGAUCUGUAAAAUUAUCAUGUAAAUGUUCUACCAAUUUGCUGUAUAUUUUUGUUGCCUUUUGCUUUUUUUUUAAAUUAAUCUGUGCAAUACCUCAUUUAAUCUGUAAAGGUUUGUUAUAAUCCUACAAAGCUACUCCCUGUUACUGUGUGCAAGUUUACAGCAGGAUGCUCACGUUUUGUGAAUAUUUUCAUUCCAUCAACAAGGGAGUUUAAUUAUGUGUGAGACUGACACAAACCUUAAUGUAAUUUAGUUAGAACGUCAGAAGGAGAACACUAUUUUCAUACCCUACUUUUUCUGUACCUAAAUUUUCUUAAUAAAAUUUAGCAUAGCACUACAUUCUUUUUCAAGUGAUGUAAACUUUAGUUUCUUUAGCCCCUUCAUUUUGAAUAUGAUGCCACAUAUGAAUGUUGAAGCUGAUACAUUGCACAGUUCUCUAGACAUCACUACACUGAUGAAGUUUUUCAAAUUUUAGCAAUAUGUUCUGCUUAAAAAUCACUACAGACACUAGUGAAGAGAAACAGUAGGCACCUCUUCUGUAGUAUUGCUUGCCAUUGUAAGCAGUGGCAUCUGCAGGCAGGAAUCCUGGUGAGCCCUCACACAUCUAUACUUGACCAAAGGGGCUUCAUGUUGUGGCAAAUGUGACAGGCUCUUUUCAGCAAAGAAUUAAACGCUUUUGCUAUCACUCUCCAAAGUAGUUCCAGUUAACAUUUAUGGAGGUUGCUUUGUGCCUCAUAAACAAUUGUAGUCACGCCCUAUUUGACUUAAAGUGGUAUCAAAGCAAUGAUAAAAUGGUGUGAAGUUAUCUUUGUAUUUUGUAGAUUGUAUGCAUUGUUGUAUUCAGAAAUGCAAAUUGUAAGUGUCAGAUUGUUGGGCAACAGUAUGCACAAAUGCUAAACCUCACGUACACCGUAUGUUUUUACUUUUGAUGGUUUCUCCAGGUUUUUUCAAAAAUCUGAUGAAAAGUAACAUUUUUUCUUAAAAGAUUGAUGGUACCAAUGGCAAAUUUCUUAGAAUACAUAACUAAUUUGAUAGAUUUUUUUAAAAAAAUAACUUUACAGCCUGCACACUUGUUAUGCAUAUUAGAUGGUGUGUUAAAAUUAGGUUUUCCUUGCCUCUUUACAGUACACUAAUCUGCCUAAAGAUGGCCAUUUCAUAUUUAUAGUGAUAAUUAUCUUACCUACCUACUUUAAAUUUUAGGUAGACAAUUAUCUGAUUUAAAUAGUCAUAUUUUUCUCAUAUUGAGUUGUAUGCAGAAUGUAGCUUCAAAUGUAUUCAUUAUAGUCACAAUAUCCAACUAAAAAUUAUGAUAUCUAGAAGUAUACCGACCAAAAUCUAGUAUUGACAUGAUCUUGACAGGCUGGACCUGCAAGAUAUGGUUUGAAUUUUAACAGUUUAUCACAUAAUCUUUAGUGAUCAUGCAUCUAGUUAUUGUCAGGAAUAAUUUAAAAGGUUUAGUUGCUGAAAGCAGUUAAGUGGUACAGUAAGACGGUUAAGUUAUUCAAAGAACGUUACCUUCCUUGCAAGAGUAAUUACAGCACAUUGGAAAGAUUCUCAAUUUUGUGUUUCUUGUUAAAAAAAAAAAAAAGCAACAACAACAAAACACAGUGCUCUCUGCUGCUAGGAACCUUUUUCUGCUUACUGUCAUUUUCACGUGGCUUGAGCUCUGUGAGACUGGUAUGGAUGAGGCUGGACAACUACAAUCCUAUCAUAAAAUUGGGAGUUCAUGCAAAUAGCAGAUUAUUUUUAAAUAAAUAACAUCAAGCUUUUAUAUUCUUUUUCUUGUUGAAAUAAAAAGUAAUAAAUUCCUAAAAAUGUCUUUUGAGAUAAUGCCAAUUCUGAUGUCCCUUACCUUUUGCCAAGAAGUUUGGGAUUUGUUUCCAACUUAUUUGAUAUUUGACCAGGAGCUUGCCUAGAGACUCUCAAUUCUUUGAGUUGCAUAUACAUGGGAGGUUAUAUUAUUUGCCAAAGGCAGUUGAGUUCAUUCUUUUUUCAUACAGAAGAAGUGUUUUGUUUUUGUUUUGCUUCUUAUUUUUGUGCAAAGUCUAAAUUAUAGGAGCUCUGGAACUCAGUACAGGCAUGAAGAGUAAAUCCACUCUGCCGAGUAAGGUACCAGUUGUACGUCUCAGUCCUCACUAUCUUGCACUAUGGGUGGCACUAUACCUGUGCAUCAUCUGCAAGUCUCACUGAUAUAUCAGCUACGUGAUUGUCUGGUAGCCUUUGCAUUUAACAAACUAGCAUGAGGCCUUUUAUAUCUAAAUGCUAUGUGAUAGACAAUUUCAGCUAGCCACAUAUUGUAUUAUGAAAUUCAUAAAGAUUUUCAAUCAUUCAAUUCCAUUUAUCGACUGAAAUUUUGUUUAGUAUGUGAAUUUUUUUUUGAAAUGUAUAGUGAAUAGGAUGUUGCACUGGUGGCAAUUCAUCAUGGAGCAUAAUAAAAUUAAUUUGACCCAAA